AUGAAGGUUACCCGUAUAAUAAUAAAUUUAUUGUCGUUAUUAUUGAUUUUAAUAUUACAAAAUUAUUUAGUAGACCAUGCUAUUUAUACACCAUUGAAACAAUAUUUAAAAGUACCUGAAAGAGAAUUGCCUGGCUUAUUGGCUAAUGAAGAAAUUUUGAUCAAAGGAAAUC